AUGCCGACCGCACCACACGCCUUCCAAGAAGCAGAAAUACAUGCAGAUCAAGCCGGUCUGAUGUACUUUCUGGAAAGAAGCGAUACUUGGAAGACUAUCAAACCGUACAACUUCCACUAUUUCCCUAAAGAGAAUUUUCCCGUUCAUAACAUUGAGCGCGCCCUGCACAUUGUCAAUAUUAAGAGCAUGAGACCUCUUAUGUCAUCACUGACUAUGAAGAAAGAAGGAUUCCAGGUUCAUAGCAUAGCUACAAUUAUGGGGUAUGAAGAUUUCAGAAAAAAGGACAAAGUCGAGGAUAUCUACAUGAGAGAGCUUGAGAGCUAUUUCAGAACCACACUUCCAGGUGCUAAGUACGUGCGAAGUUUAGAUUUCCAGGUAUUUAUCACUAUCCCUCCCGCGACCAUCGUUCUGAGGCGUCUUCAGUUGCGACAGCGAGAUGUCAAUUUCCCCAUAGCAGGAGGUGUACCAUGGCAAAAGCCUCAGCCAAGCCUCCUCACGCACGUUGACGUCACACUCGAUAGUGCGAAGAAAAUCAUCAGAGAAAUUUACGAGGACCAGGUUGCUUCAGAGAUUCUUGAAUCGCGAUUUCAAGUCAUAACAGUUUGGCGUCCUCUCCGAGUGCCAGUCCGGGACUGGCCACUGGCCAUCUGUGAUGCGUCAACGGUAGACCAGAACGAUUUUGUCGAUACGGAUGUGAUCUACCCGAGCUACAUCGCGGAGAACCGGAUGCUUCACUACAAUAGUGAACAGCAAUGGUAUUGGCUACCAGACCAGAAAAAGGACGAAGUAUUAGUCUUCAAAGCAAUUGACACCGAUGAUGCGAUAAGUUCACGUAUGGUCAUGCUACCCACUAGGAACAUGAACACUGACAUCGUAGCUUGUCCUCACGGAGCUUUCCAGCUCACUGGUAGAGCUGACAACUCACAACCCCGAGAAAGUAUCGAUAUCAGGCUUCUCGUCAUGUACGCAGACAUAGAGUACCCAGACGGGAAGUUCUCAACAAACGCUGUAACAGCUACGUACUAG